CAACCGGAAGGUUCGCAAUUUUCGCGCGAAAUGUCGUCACUGUGUCUCGGGCUCCGACUGGUUGUGUCAUCGUUUUUUAGAAGCUGAUUGUCCGUUAAAACAGAUAUAAGGCACAGAUCAACCAGGAAUUGUGUGUUUUUUUUUUAAAUCGAACUCAUAGAAGAGAUAGAGAGGUAACACGAUGAAAUAUUUCACCAGACAGAGAGUCAAACGAGAGUACAAGUGGCGUGGACAGCCUCUCAGUUUCAAUAGGAAACUAAAAACCUACGAUUAUGGGUCCUUGGUGAUCAGUGUGGAGGGUCUCCCAAGGGCUACCAUCAUUUAUCCUGAGCAACACAUUCUCAUAGAAGAAAAUGAAGACGACCCAUAUGUGGCUAAAGUCGUCAGGCUGUUUGGUGACGAGAGUGGGAAAGAGAUGAAAGCAGUAGUUCAGUGGUUUGUCCGGGCGUCUGAGGUGCCUUUGAGCAAACUGAAGCUGCUGGGCAGGGAGCCUCAUCCACAGGAGAUCUUCUACUAUCAAGGACGCAUCUGUGAUGACGAGGUCAACGUUGAGUCGAUCCUCAGACCUGUGCAGGUGAAACACCUCGAUUCCGCUACUCCAUUUCCCAACUCUGAUGACAAAUACACAAUGUACGUCAAGCUGUCCUGGGACUCCAAGGCCUUCAGGGUGGUGGACUCUGCCCUGGUAGAGUCUGCUUCUGAACUUGCUUCGGCUUCAUCUCAGCUUCCCCAUGCAGUCAGUGCUGUGGUGACAGAAUCACUUCACUCGGCCACCAAACUGUCAGCUUCAAAAUGCCUCAGUACCAAGAGGAGGAAACUGGCGACCAGGACACCUGGAGUCUGCAAGAAGCUGGAGCUCCACACUCCAGAGAAAAAAUCUGUCAUAGGGGAAGGUGUCAUGAGCCAACUUCUGGACAAGGAUCUGGAUGCAAAGGUGAUGCUGGCUCACAGGCUGUCAUCCUCUCCGCUUCAGCCUCGCUCUGUCACCCACAGGCUCACCCCUAUCAACAAAGCCCACAGAAGCCCCGUCACUCAGGCCACCAUCCGCCUGAAGCCAUCUACCAUUGCCCUCAACGAACUGCCUCCCUCUAAGAUGAACGGACCUCUGUUGUCUGCCAGGGACAAUUCCACCAGAGUUACCAACCCUUCCCAAAGAAAAGAACUACAGAUCAUUAAAGACAAGGACCCAGCCCAGGAUGUGCUAGCUGAGAAGGACAGUACAAGUUCCCCAGUGUUGCCGGUGGCUGCCACACUGAGGAGCUCUCAGAGGAAAUCGGCCCUGCUUGUGUCAUCUCGCAUCAGGAAGCAACUGAAUCUUUUGGACAACCAGCAGGACUUGAACUCAGAUGGAGAGGAUGAGGAUGAGUUUGUUCCAUCCCAGAAGGAGCUAAAGGGGAGCAGUGAGGAGGAUGAAGAUGAUAGUGAAGAAGAGGUUUUAGUAAAAAAAGGCCGACACACAGCUGUGUUUCGCACUCCUCAUUCAAAGCAGAAGACCCACUCUUUGACCAGAACGCCACGAAAGAAUCACAAGAAGAUCUUGCCUGGCACGCCACGAACCCCUCAUCAAGCCACACCCAGCAUCCCCUGCAGAUCACUGCCGACUAGACAGCCUGCUAAUAUCCUGGAAGAGGCCAGAGCCCGGCUGCAUGUGUCCUCGGUGCCAGAGUCCCUACCAUGCAGGGAGCAGGAAUUUCAGGACAUCUACAACUUUGUGGAGAGCAAGAUUAUCGAUGGCACAGGAGGUUGCAUGUAUAUCUCAGGUGUACCUGGAACAGGAAAAACUGCCACAGUCCAUGAGGUGAUGCGCUGUCUGCAGCAUGCAGCGGAUGUGGAUGAGAUUCCAACUUUUCACUUCAUUGAGAUCAAUGGGAUGAAGAUGACGGACCCUCACCAGGCCUACGUUCAGAUCCUGCAGAAUCUGACAGGUCAAAAAGCCACUCCUGACCAUGCAGCUGCACUGCUGGAGAAGAGAUUCAACAUCCCAGCACCCAGGAAGCAGACCACUGUGCUGCUGGUGGACGAAUUAGACCUGUUGUGGACAAGGAAGCAGAACGUGAUGUACAAUCUCUUUGACUGGCCAACACAGCGCCACGCUCGUCUGGUGGUGCUGACUAUUGCCAACACCAUGGACCUGCCGGAGAGGAUCAUGAUCAACAGAGUGGCUAGCAGACUGGGCUUGACCAGGAUGUCAUUCCAGCCAUACAGUUUCAAGCAGCUGCAGCAAAUCAUCAUGUCCAGGCUGAACAAGGUGAAAGCCUUCGAGGAGGACGCUCUGCAGCUGGUGUCCAGAAAGGUGGCUGCUCUGUCGGGUGAUGCUCGGAGAUGUUUGGACAUCUGUCGCCGGGCAACGGAGAUCUGCGAGCACUCAGCCACCAACCCUUCAGCCACAGGAUUGGUAGGAAUGAGUCAUGUGAUGGAAGCGCUGAAUGAGAUGUUUUCCUCUGCCUACGUCACUGCCAUCAAGUGUUCAUCGAUGCAGGAACAGCUUUUCCUCAGGGCUGUCAUUGCAGAGUUUCGACGACUUGGAUUGGAGGAGGCCACUUUUCAACAGGUUUUCGUGCAGCACCAGGCUCUGUGCCGGUUGGAAGGUCUGCUGCCCAUCAGUGUGUCAGAGGGCCUGGCGGUGUGUAGGCGUCUAGGAGCCUGCAGGUUACUGCUGCUGGAGCCUAGCCGCCUGGGAGUCCUGCAGCGCGUCCGCCUCAAUGUCAGCCAAGACGAUGUCCUCUACGCUCUGAAGGCUGACUAAAGGAGGAACCUCUUCUCUUAAUGAACUAAAUCAUAUGAGAGAGUCUGUGUACAAAACCACAGCUUUGUGUUAUAGUGAAGGUGGGAGUCGCUUGAUUGGCAGCCAGAUCCUGAUCUGUGGCACAUACUAAAAUCAAACACAUUGGGGCUUUGAAUCCUUAAAUAACUUACUGUGUUGACAACUUCAACUGCUGAGGCAGAAAUCACACUAUAAUGUCCCCAAUUUUAUUUGUAAUAUGAGGUUUUGCUCCUCUUUGAGGGGUUAUUUUAAUUUUGUCUGAUUCUAAUGUUACAGAACUUGAAUGUGCAAUAAAGGUAAUCUCUGAUACCAA